GGGAGUGGCCUCAUGACGUCACGCAGGAGAGACGAAGGUAAAGCGGAGCUGUUUAAUAAACAGAAUUAAGUUCGUUGCAACUGGACACGAUCUUCAGUUUGAAGGUUCUCCAUUCAGGAAACUCAGAUAAAGAUAAACUGAAGAAGCAGAAAAGCAGACCAAAGGAGAGAAAGUGAAAGUGUCAUGUCUUCCUCCAGCAGUCUCCUGUCUGAAGAUCAGCUCCGGUGCUCUAUCUGUCUGGAUGUGUUCACUGAUCCAGUCUCUACUCCAUGUGGACACAACUUCUGCAUGGUCUGUCACAAAGAGUGCUGGGACAGCAGUUCACGCUGCCAGUGUCCAGUUUGUAAGGAGGAAUUCUCCAAAAGGCCUGAACUGUCUGUGAACACGUUCAUCUCUGGACUGGCUGCUCAGUUCAAGAAGUCAGUUCAGGUCAAAUCCAGCAGAGCUCCAGAGAAACGACCCUCCAAACGUAAAAGGGUGAUGUGUGACUCCUGCAGUGAUGAAAAGCUGGAGGCUCUGAAAUCCUGUCUGGACUGUGGAGUAUCUUACUGUGAGACUCAUCUAGCGCUUCAUAAAACCACACCUAAACUGAAGAAGCAAAAACUGAUGGACCCUGUGGAGAACCUGGAGGACUACAUCUGCCAGAAACAUGAGAGACCCCUGUGUCGGUUCUGCACUGAGACAGACCACAAGACUCACAGCACUGUUCCUAUAGAGGAGGAGAGUGGAGAGAAGAAGACUCAGCUGGGAAAGUCACAGGCUGAAGUCCAGCAGAUGAUCGACUGA